AUGGAAAAGUCCAACGCAGUUCUGGAGGACAUUGACUCCCCUUUAUGGGACUUUUCAUAUAUUUGGUCAUUCAAAGGGUUUGACAUUGAAAUGUCUUCAGAUCCUAUGGACACGGAUCAGUCAAUCCGCGUUAAAAAGACCGAAGUUCUUGCUCCCGCACACACAGGGAACAACUCCAGAUUCUGUGUUACGCCUGAUUCUUGUCAAGAGUCUCUCUUAACCAGCCUUUUGUCAGCACCAAUAUUCAGUGGCCCGGAAUGCGAAAAGCCCGCAUCUAAUGAGUCGCUCGGUUUGUUAUUGCCCUCCAGGGAAGAGCACGAAGACAAAGACUACACUCAGAUGACUAACACUAAUUUCUCCGCCGAAAGCACCGAUAGCACUGGAGGUAAAUGUGCAGCCCUACAAGAUGAGAAAGAAUCUAUCAACGAUUCUAGAGAAAUGUUGGGGCCACACGAUUGGAAUUCAAUAACGUCCAGAUGCUCUUACGAUGGAGAUGCACGUUGUCUUAAUGACUCAAGUAGCGGUUUAUCAUCUCGAAAACCUUCAAUUUCAACAUCAUCACGGCAUGUACGCCAAGAGCGUCCAGUCAUGUCUGGUCUUGCAUCCAAAAUUAAAGGAUGGAUGACAUCGCGAAGGGAUACUGCCAUUGAUAGCUUAAAUCGAAGAGCUUCUAAUCAAAAUUUCCCACAACGGAGGACACUUGGUAGUUGGACGACGUUCAGGGCAAAACAAUAUCUGAAAAGCCCAUUACCCAAAACACCAACAAAACUCCCAGCACAGGCUAGUUUUGAGACAGAUCUUGAACCUCCGGUUUCGGACCCCCCAACAUCCACAGUUCAGACUUCUGAUCUCCAUGAGGCAUUUUCGCUUCAGCAUUCUAAUUCCGUUGCGAGUUCAAUCACCUCCAGCGUCGUCGCCAAAACACUAGCAAGGUCUCAAUGCAUCCCACGAAGCUUUCAUAAAACCGAAUAUGGACGACCGCACCUAAACCUGGAUGUCCCAAUAGUGGAAGAAAGGGGCCCUCUUCCUUUCCAGUGCACUUUCUGUUUAUUGCAAUGCGAGAACAAAGAGAACUGGAUCGACCAUGAGCGAAAUGUUCAUAUGUGGCGGCCAAGGUCUUCACAUCAACCCAUCCGGGCUGCAAAUUAUAGCGGAGCAUCCAGGGAAUGGCUGGAAUCCAAACGUGACUGGUUUUGGAACUGCGGAUUCUGCGGUAUCCUUCUCCAAUCAUGGGAUGAGCGUCAAACCCACUUCAUAGUGCACUUUGAGGAUAAGGAGACGAUGGCAUCUUGGAACCCACUUCAAACGCCUUACCCUUUGGAUAAAUUCUUGCUAACUCCUGUCAUUGGCUUUCCGCAGUGGAGUCCAGCUCCAUUGCUGUCAAACCAACAAGCUCGGAUACGAGAUUUUGUGAAUUUUGCUUUCGACCCACGACUCCCAUGGUGCAAAGCUUGUAAAAUACCGCUCACAAACUGCAACACCUAUGAGGAACACAUAAAACAAUGGCAUUCUCCCCCGAUAGCCUGGCGAUGUCUGAAUCUCGAACAUGCUGAGAGACCUGGCUUAUUUUUCGAGACUGUCGACGAAAGCCGUAUAGACACCACAUCUAUACAAGAACAUCCCUUAGUCCCCGAAACCUUCAGUGGGACAACUGUGAACGGUUCCAGCGAUGGCGACGCCACUUGUUCUUCCGAUCAUUCGGGCUGUUCGAAGUCUGCGUUUAUUCCUGUAGAAGACGAGUUCCCUGCCGUUAGGGCCUACGAAUAUUGCCUCCUUUGUGAGAAUAUCUUCCAUUCAAACUCAACGGAUCUAGAGGAGGAGCACAAGAGACACUUGCGGGAAACGCACAACUUGGAUGAAACGAAGCGAGGUUCCAAAUUCUUCAAUGAAGGGCAAUUUUUGCUCCAUUUAGCUAAUGGCCAUGGCGUCACCCUAGCCCAUUUGGCUACUUUGGCGGAACAUAGCAGCCAGAAAAAUCGUGCACUGGCAAAUUGGACGCCGACGGAUUUCAUCUGA